UCGCCAUCACCAGUUCUCUCUCUCUCUCUCUCUCUCUCUCUCUCUCUCUCUCUCUCUCUCUCUCGCUUCAAUGGUGGGAAGUUGAAUUCAAAUUUAGCUAAGUACGAGUAUGUCUUCCUGUCUUCUUCCUAAGUUCAAGUGUCCACCUGGUUCCUUCCCUAUUCAGUUCAGAACCUCUCACUACCACUCAAAACAGUACAAGGGUCGUGUCGUUUUCCAAUCGCGCUGCGCGGUUUCCACUGCAUCGGCGUCAGCCACUUCUGUUCUCGACGUGGAGAAGCUGCGACUACCCUCUUUCACCACCGACUCAGAUUCUCUAAUGCCAGGCAAUCAAUGGACUUAUACAGGAAUCGCUGCUCCCCAAACUGAGGCAAAAUGUUCAGAAGCUUUAGGCUCUGAAACGCUUCUCCCCAGCGAUGAAGUAGUAGUGGCAGCGGCGGCGGCUGAAGCAAUUACUCUUGCCAGAGCUGCCGUGGAAUUCGCGAGAGAUGCUGUGACCAUUUAUAACGGCUGCGAUACAAAGUUGCUGGUGUCAUCAACAGCUGAGAAGCGCUCCAAGUGGGACCAGUUUACGGAAAAGGAACGUUCUGGCAUAUUGGGGCAUCUAGUGGUUUCCGAGACUGGAAUUGUGGUCGAUCGGUGUACCGCUCAUGGCUCUGGCGGAGAUCCAUGCGAUGAUUCCGGACCAGCAAGCCAAGAGCUCGAGCUCCUGGAUGAGCAACUCUCCACAAGUGUAGCAGUGAGGUCUACACGCCAGAUUGAAAGGAAAGCUCGACGAGCAAGAGGGCUUGAGAAAGCUAUGUCAAGCGUUGUGUCUGUGAAGAAUGGUGCAGGCGGUAGAAGAAAACGCGUUUCUUCACAGGAUGUUGACCAUGCUGAUCCUUUGCGAUACUUAAGGGGGACAACGAACAGUUCCGGGCUUCUCACUGCAAGAGAAGAACAAGAGUUGUCCGAAGGAAUACAGGACCUUCUGAAGCUGGAAAGACUUCGAGAAGAGCUUGUUGAGCGUUGCGGGGGUCAGCCAACUUUUGCACAGUGGGCUUCGGCUGCUGGGGUCGAUCAGAAAACCCUAAGGAAGCGUAUAAACCACGGAACAAUUUGUAAAGACAAAAUGAUUACGAGCAACAUACGCCUCGUUAUUUCGAUCGCUAAGAAUUAUCAAGGAGCUGGUAUGAACCUCCAGGACCUUGUCCAAGAAGGAUGUAGAGGGCUUGUGAGGGGAGCCGAGAAGUUUGAUGCUACGAAAGGUUUCAAAUUCUCUACUUAUGCGCAUUGGUGGAUCAAGCAAGCAGUUAGAAAGUCUCUUUCCGAUCAAUCCAGGACGAUUAGAUUACCCUUUCACAUGGUGGAGGCAACGUAUCGGGUGAAGGAAGCUAGAAAGCAGUUCUACAGUGAAAAUGGUAGGCAACCAGAUAAUGAAGAAGUCGCAGAGGCAGCAGGGGUCUCGAUGAAGAGGCUCACGGCUGUUCUACUAUCUCCUAAAGCCCCGAUGUCGCUUGAUCAGAAAAUCGGAAUCAACCAGAACCUCAAACCCUCGGAAGUGAUAGCGGAUCCUGAGGCGGAAACGUCGGAAGACAUUCUGAUAAAGCAGUUCAUGAGGAAGGACUUGGAGAUGGUGUUGGACACGUUGAGUCAGCGGGAGAAGCAGGUGAUACGCUGGAGGUUCGGGAUGGAAGACGGGAGGAUGAAGACAUUGCAAGAGAUCGGGGAGGCCAUUGGCGUCAGCCGUGAAAGGAUCAGGCAGAUCGAGUCUUCGGCUUUCCGUAAACUCAAGAACAAGAAGAGAACUGCCCAUUUGCAGCAGUACUUGGUCGCGUAACCUACUGCGCCUGUUUUGCUCUUCCUUUUCCGCUUCAUCAUUUUAAUUAUUUUGAAAUGUUAAGAGGAAUGACUUGUGAAUAGAGUUUUGAGAAAUUAAUUUCGAAGCACCAAUUUUUU